AUGGUUAAUAUUGAUAGAAUUUCUGGAAAAAUUGCGUAUGUUUCGCAAAUACCUUGGAUAUUUUCGGGGACUGUUAGAGAAAACAUCUUAUUUGGAUCUGAAUUUCAUGAAGAGAAGUAUCUAAAAGUUAUCGAAGCUUGUGCCCUUAGAAAGGACCUUCAACAAUGGCCCCAUAAUGAUAUGACAUACGUUGGCGAACGAGGUGUUCGAUUAAGUGGAGGUCAAAAAGCACGCAUUGGUUUAGCCAGAGCCGCUUAUUCAGAUGCAGAUAUUUACAUCAUGGACGAUCCACUGAGUGCAGUGGAUCUAGGAGUAGCCCAUCAUCUAUUUGACGAAUGCAUUUGUGGAUUAUUGAGUGGAAGCACUCGUAUUUUAGUUACACAUCAAGUUCAUAUGUUAGAUAAGGCAGAUCAGAUCGUUGCUUUAGAAAACGGAGAAAUCAAUUAUAAAGGUUCACCAAAGGAGUUAACUGAUAAAGGGAUAGAUUUUGAAAAAUUACUGGACUGUGGCGGUGAUAAAGCCACGCGAAGAAAUUCUGUCUACCGCGAAACCAAGGAUAAACUUGAGGAUUGUACGAAGGAUUUAACUUUACAAGAAGAAAAUCGUCAGGAAGGCAAAGUAACUUCUAGCACCUACUUAAAAUUCGUUGAAGCUGGGAAUGGAUUACUUUUUUUCAUUUUCGUUAUUCUAAUGAGCAUUGUCAGUCAAGGAGCUAUUGUACUUACUGACUGGUGGCUAUCUAGAUGGUCGGACAGCUUUGUGAAAGCUUCAGCGAAUGAAAGCAGUAGCAACGUCACUGUACUUGAAGAAACAGCAUUAUUUGGCUUAACAAAUAGGAUGACAAUUGUUGUUUACAGUUGUUUACUGAUUGGUGCUUGGAUUCUGAAUAUGUGUAGAUGCUUGCUAACGGUCAAGCUGGUUAUUGAUUCUGCAAGAAUUUUUCAUAAUCGAAUGCUUAAAUCAGUUUUGCAUGCACCGAUUUAUUUUUUCGAUACUAACCCAGUCGGGCGUGUACUGAACAGAUUUUCGAAAGAUUUAAAUCACAUGGAUAAUGAAUUACCAUUUACGGUUUUGCAAGUUGUGCAGAUAGAAGAUCAAUUCCUGAAGCAAUUUAUUACGUAUCAAGAUAAUCAGACUAAGCCAGCAUUUGCCAUUGCUGGGUUGACUCGAUGGAAUGGUUUCCACUUAGAUUUACUAUCUUCAAUAUACGUAACUUUCGUAGCAUUUAUUGGAGUUUUCGUUGCUGACGGUAUUAGUGCAGGUGCAAUAGGCCUCUCUUUAAGCUACUUACUACCUCUAAUGGGAAAUACUCAAUGGUUUAUACGUCAGACUGCGGAACUCGAAAACCAGAUGACAUCAGUAGAAAGAGUUCGUGAAUAUUCAGAGAUUAAACCAAAGCAAUCAAGUUCAACAGCUAUCUUACCAAAGGAUUGGCCCAGCAACGGGGAUAUAUCAUUAGAACAUGCUUCCUUCCGUCAUCAUGAGAAGUUGCCAUAUGUAUUAAACAAUAUUAAUUGCUUAAUUCGUGGUGGUGAAAAGAUCGGAGUUGUUGGUCGUACCGGUGCCGGGAAAUCUUCAUUUGUAGCAUCCUUAUUACGCAUGGCUGACGUUAAUGGUAGUAUCAAAAUUGACGGAAUAGCCACUUCAACGAUUGAUCUUACUUAUUUUCGUAGUAAAAUAUCUGUAAUACCUCAGGAUCCAUCUCUUUUUAUCGGAACCAUUCGCAAUAAUCUUGAUCCCUUCAAUCGUUACGAUGACUCUCAGCUAUGGGACGCAUUACGAGAAGUGCAGUUAGCCCCAUACGUCUGCAAUUUACCCAAUAAACUGGAUAAUGAAGUAUCUGAGGCUGGUUCAAAUUUCAGCGUAGGGCAAAAGCAAUUAAUUUGCCUUGCGAGAGCAAUAUUGAAAAUGAACAAAAUCUUAAUUAUAGACGAAGCUACAGCGAACGUAGACUUUGAUACGGACGAAGUAAUUCAGAAAUCGAUUAGAAAUAAAUUCCACCAGUGUACUGUCAUUACAAUUGCUCACCGCCUUAGUACAAUUAUAGAUUGCGAUCGAGUUAUGGUACUAAAAGGAGGAAAUUUAACUGAAUUCGACUAUCCCUAUAUACUACUACAAGACAAUAAUUCUGAAUUUGCAACUAUGGUGAAACAGGUAACUGCAGAUAGGAAGUUACACACUGUCGGGUUCAGCCCACAACAAGGAAACCUGGGUCUUUGA